GCGUCGGAGGGCCGGCAGCGGGGCUGGAUGUGCCCGGCUCCCCCCGCGCUGAGGUGGGCAGCGAUGCAGAAGGCAGGCGGCAGCUUCGCCUCCGCCGAGAGACACCCGCUCAAGAUGGCAGAUGUGUGUUGAGUUUGGGGGGCUGCGAUCUCGCGUCGUUCGUGGCGGCGUUGCCAUGAAUAACAGGCGUCCUUGCACCGAUGGCCCCCAUGUACGAAGGUAUGGCCUCGCAUGUGCAAGUUUUCUCUCCUCAUACCCUUCAGUCAAGUGCCUUCUGUAGCGUGAAGAAACUGAAAGUGGAGCCGAGUUCGAACUGGGAUAUGACUGGGUACGGCACACACAGCAAAGUCUACAACCAGGGCAAGAACGUGCAGUCCUCCCAAGCAGCCGCCGCAGCAGCCGUCAACGCCUCCCUGCAGAUCCCCAACCCCAGCAUCCCUUACGAGCAGACCAUCAUCUUCCCAGCAAGCACGGGGCACAUCGUGGUUACAUCUGCCAACAGCACCUCCAGCGUGGUCGCGGUGUCUGGGCAAACGCUGGGCGGGCCGCACAACCUGAUGCGUCGCAGCACUGUGAGCCUUCUGGACACCUACCAAAAAUGUGGACUUAAGCGCAAGAGCGAGGAGAUUGAGAACACAAGCAGCGUGCAGAUUAUCGAGGAGCAUCCGCCAAUGAUUCAGAACAAUGCCAGUGGGGCCACUGUAGCCACCGCCACCACCUCCACGGCCACUUCCAAAAACAGUGGCUCCAACAGUGAAGGGGAUUACCAGCUGGUGCAACAUGAGGUGCUCUGUUCCAUGACCAACACGUACGAAGUGUUAGAGUUUCUUGGCCGUGGAACCUUCGGACAAGUAGUCAAAUGCUGGAAACGUGGCACUAAUGAGAUUGUGGCUAUCAAGAUCCUAAAAAACCAUCCUUCUUAUGCCCGGCAAGGCCAGAUUGAAGUGAGCAUCCUGGCUCGGCUGAGCACGGAAAGCGCGGAUGACUACAACUUUGUCCGUGCUUAUGAAUGCUUCCAGCACAAGAAUCACACAUGCUUGGUAUUUGAAAUGUUGGAGCAGAACCUCUAUGAUUUCCUAAAACAAAAUAAAUUCAGUCCCUUGCCCCUUAAGUACAUUCGACCGAUUCUCCAGCAGGUAGCAACUGCCCUAAUGAAGCUGAAAAGCCUGGGACUGAUUCAUGCUGAUCUCAAACCAGAGAACAUCAUGCUGGUAGACCCAUCCCGACAGCCAUAUAGGGUCAAGGUCAUAGACUUUGGUUCAGCUAGCCAUGUGUCUAAGGCUGUGUGUUCUACUUACCUUCAAUCCAGAUACUACAGAGCCCCUGAAAUCAUCCUUGGUUUACCCUUUUGUGAAGCAAUCGAUAUGUGGUCCUUGGGAUGUGUCAUUGCAGAGCUGUUCUUGGGCUGGCCCUUGUACCCAGGAGCUUCAGAGUACGAUCAGAUUCGCUACAUUUCACAGACGCAGGGCUUACCAGCAGAGUACUUGUUAAGUGCAGGGACAAAGACCACGAGGUUUUUCAACAGGGAUACAGACUCACCAUAUCCCUUGUGGAGGCUGAAGACGCCAGAUGAUCAUGAGGCAGAGACGGGGAUUAAGUCAAAGGAAGCAAGAAAGUAUAUUUUCAACUGUUUGGAUGAUAUGGCACAGGUGAAUAUGACGACGGAUUUGGAGGGCAGCGAUAUGUUGGUGGAGAAGGCAGACCGGCGGGAGUUCAUAGAUCUGCUGAAGAAGAUGCUGACGAUAGACGCAGAUAAGAGGAUAACCCCCAUCGAAACUCUGAGCCACCCCUUUGUCACCAUGACACACUUGCUCGACUUCCCUCACAGCACACAUGUCAAGUCCUGCUUCCAGAACAUGGAGAUUUGCAAGCGGCGGGUGAAUAUGUACGACACGGUGAACCAGAGCAAGACACCAUUCAUCACCCAUGUGGCCCCAAGUACAUCCACCAACCUGACCAUGACUUUUAACAACCAGCUCAACACAGUCCACAACCAGACCACCAACCUGGCUCCCACCUCCUCCAGUGCCACUAUUUCCUUAGCCAACCCCGAGGUCUCCAUACUAAAUUACCAAUCUGCACUCUACCAGCCCUCAGCAGCGUCCAUGGCUGCGGUGGCCCAGCGGAGCAUGCCCCUGCAGACGGGAACAGCGCAGAUCUGUGCCCGGCCAGACCCCUUACAGCAAGCCCUCAUCGUCUGCCCUCCAGGCUUCCAAGGGUUACAAGCGUCCCCUUCGAAGCACGCCGGGUACUCGGUGCGGAUGGAGAACGCCGUCCCCAUUGUCACCCAGGCUCCUGGGGCUCAGCCUCUUCAGAUCCAGCCAGGACUCCUCGCACAGCAAGCAUGGCCCAGUGGCACUCAGCAGAUCCUGCUCCCUCCUGCCUGGCAGCAGCUGACCGGGGUGGCCACCCACACGUCUGUCCAGCACGCCACCGUCAUCCCGGAGUCCAUGGCAGGCACCCAGCCGCUGGCAGACUGGAGGAACACGCACGCCCACGGCAGCCACUACAACCCCAUCAUGCAGCAGCCCACGCUGCUGGCCAGCCACGUGGCCCUGCCCGCCGCCCAGCCCGUCAACGUGGGCGUCGCGCACGUCAUGCGCCAGCCGCCCGUCGCCGCCUCCGCCAGGAAGAGCAAGCAGCACCAGUCGGCUCCACGCAAUGCAUCCACGUAUGAAGUUUCAUCCUCCCAGUCCAUCAGCUCGCCCCAGCGGUCGAAACGCGUGAAGGAGAACACGCCUCCCCGCUGUGCCAUGGUGCACACCAGCCCUGCCUGCAGCACCUCGCUGACGUGCGGCUGGGGCGACGCGGGCGGCGGCGCGCGGGAGCGGCAGCGGCAAACCAUCGUCAUCCCCGACACCCCCAGCCCCGCCGUCAGCGUCAUCACCAUCAGCAGCGACACGGACGAGGAGGAAGAGCAGAAGCAUGCACCCACCAGCACCUUGUCCAAGCAGAGGAAGAAUGUCAUCAGCUGUGUCACCGUGCAUGACUCCCCCUACUCCGACUCCUCCAGCAACAACAGCCCUUACGCCGUGCAGCACCGCACAGGGCAGAACAAUGGGAACAGCUACGACACCAAAGGGGUUCCAGAGACUCACUGCAGUGGGAACCCCCGAACCAUCAUCGUGCCACCACUGAAAACCCAGGCCAGUGAGGUGUUGGUAGAGUGCGAUAGCCUGGCACCAGUCACCACCAGUCACCACUCAUCCUCCUACAAGUCCAAGUCCUCCAGCACCGUGACCUCCACCAGCGGUCACUCUUCAGGGAGCUCGUCUGGAGCCGUUGCCUAUAGGCAGCAGCGACCAGGAGCACAUUUCCAGCAGCAGCAGCCUCUAAAUCUAAGUCAGGGCCAGCAGCACAUCUCGACUGACCGUGCAGGGAGUCACCGGCGACAGCAAGCCUACAUCACUCCAACGAUAGCUCAGGCCCCGUACUCCUUCCCGCACAAUAGCCCCAGCCACGGCACGGUCCAUCCCCACCUGGCCGCCGCCGCCCACCUGCCCACGCAGCCCCACCUGUACACAUACACCGCCCCCGCCGCCCUGGGCUCCACGGGCACCGUCGCGCACCUGGUGGCGUCGCAGGGCUCGGCGCGGCACGCGGUGCAGCACACCACCUACCCCGCCAGCAUCGUGCACCAGGUCCCCGUCAGCAUGGGCCCGCGCGUCCUGCCCUCGCCCACCAUCCACCCCAGCCAGUACCAGGCUCAGUUUGCCCAUCAGACCUAUAUCAGUGCUUCUCCAGCCUCCACAGUCUACACUGGAUACCCACUGAGCCCCACCAAGGUCAACCAGUACCCUUACAUCUAAACACUGGAAUAAAGAGCGAGAGAGACGCGCCCGGCCCGGGGGGAGUGAGGCAGCCGCUUUUGCGUUGAAGAACGUGACAAACUAACAAUGCAAUGGGAGGCUCGCGUGAAACUUGAACGAAGGAGACUUUAGGAAGAAAAGAAAAAGAGGAAAGAAGGGGGAAAAAACCAAUUCUACAGUUUUUAUUUAAAAAAAAAAGAAAAGAAAAUGGAAAAAAAGAACAGAAAAAAAAUAAAUCACAAAAAAAAAAAAAAACAACCCAAAAAAAAACAACCAUUCUGCACCAAACUAGAGAGAAAGAGAGAAGGAGAAGGACCCUCCAGCGGGUCCUGUCUUUUGAAGGACUUCACCAAUAGACUUUUAAAGGUUAUUUUCAUCCAAUAGUGAGCUACAUUUAGAAAUUUGUUGUCCAGAACACCUAAAAUGAAAUCCAUUAGGUUUUUAAUCCUCUAGGUAUAUGGAUUAGGGAUUUAUCCAGCAUUUCAAAGGAUUUAUACAGCAGUUUUUAUAUCCAAGAGUAUACAUAGGUUUGGGGGGAUUUUUAACAGAAAAAGAAAGUGGGUAAGGGAGGCGGAGGGUGGAGGACAAAACGUCCCGGUGCUCUAAAUUUGGGCCUAACACUGCUACACUUAAACUUGGGCAAAACAGGCCAUGCAGCACUGGUUGAGAGCAAAGCAAUGGGGGUGUUUCUCCCUCUUCUUGAACACACUGGAUAAAUCCCUGAGAAAUGCUAUUCCUAAACAAAAUCUCUAAUAAUGUAUAUUGGAUUUAAGUUGCAUUUUUUUUUAGGGUUUUGUUUUGUUUUUUUGGAAGUGUUCCUUUUCAAUCCCUAGCCAUUUUAGUAUAGGAGGAGACAUUUUAGCUGCCCCCAACCCCCUGCCCCCAGCCCCGGUAGAAUGUAGCACUAUACAGGUCAUGCCCCUUUUUACUCUUUUGUGUUGAACUUCAACGAUACCAAUAGACUAUUCCUCAAUGUGAUUGCACAAAGAAAAGUGAUAUAACAUAGGCAUGUAACAAUGUGAUUGUCCAGGGGUGUGUGUGUGUGAGUGCAGAUGCUGCCUUCUCUCUGUGAUGUGUUCCUCGGCACAGCCAUUACAACUGUCACAGUCUUAGUUUUACAUCAUUCCCUCGUAGUGCCUUACCAAACUACAGACGCGGUUUAAGGGUUUACUUCCACUGGUACUCCUAGAAACUGACUGAGGCUAGUUGGAAUUUACUCUCAGCUCUUUUCUUCUUCUUCUUUUUUUUUUUUUUUUUUUUGGGGGGGGGGGGGUGGUUGUUACUGCCGAUUUUCUCCUGCUGGUGGUGUUGGGUUUUUUUCACAUCGUCAAUCGUAGCUCACUUGGCGAGGUGUUGGGGUGGCUCGUUGGGGUCAGAAGUGCAUAUAACUGGGUGUUUUGUCAAGCACUGGAUGGGCUAGAAGCAGCCAGGUCGGUUGUGAGGACCCAGAGGGUCUGGGGACUCAUUUGAGGACUGGUCUGUUUCUGUCCUGUUGAAAUAGCAGGUUUCCUCCCUGGAAACUGAAUUCUCAUUCUGCUGUUUGCUGAUGUUCUCGAUGGAGUGGGAGGACAGUGUCCACCCUCAUCAUCAGGUUGUCCUGGUCAUGUGUCUGAAAUGGAAACAAAAAUUUAGUCCUUGAUAGGGGGAAACACUAGUUGUUGCCAACAUCUCUCACUGCGUCUGUUGAUGAGAAAGGGUCAGGAAAGGGCUGGAGUCCCAAAGCAAGCAUGAGAAAAUCCAGUUGAGAGAGUCAAUCUCAGGUUUCUUAAAUGAAAAGAGUAUUGUAAUACAUAGAGCCUUACCCACUCUAACAUAGCUGUGACACUGUGUGCCUCCCCUGCUCUCUUUUCACCUACACCCUGAAAAAUUGCCUGCAAUGGCAGAGUGACCCUGGAACUGGAGAGUAGGUUGGUGCUCCACACCAAGGAAUGCUACAUGGUUGUUUUGUUUUCCAACAGUUUCUAAAGAGAGCCUUUCCUGUCAUUGGUUUGGUUCAGCAGGGAGUUUCCCUGGUGAUGGCACUUGCACUGGUGCAUCAGUACCAUCAUGCCUGUGGAUGUCCUGAGGAGGAAGGAGAGAAAGGAGUUUGGUAGAACGUUUCCAUGAAAGCUGAAGUCUAUGGGGCUGCUCAGUUCCACUCUACAUUUCCUUGUAACUAGAGCAUGGAGUAGUCAGGUGUUUUGCAAGAUGCUGGAAAAUAGCAGGUUUGUUGGCAGGGUGGUGAGGGAUGGGUUCCCUGAGUGGCAGUGAGGAAGGAGGCUCUCUCAGGUUGGAAAAGCUGACAGAAGGACAAGCACAAAUACGUUGUUUUGCAGUAAGUGCUUGGCUGGCCUGGAAGAUGAAGGGAUCCUGCUACGCAUAGGCUGCUCAACAAAGCCAUUGUCUUCUGGCAAACCACCAAAUAACCUUCCUGGUUGCUAACUCUGGUUCCUGGGCUACUCUUGCACAGUUUUCUUCUCCUGCCUGUCCUUCAUUCCAGCUCAGUAUACUGUAGAUGAGGAUGCAAUCUCCCAGCAGCCUAUGCACCUUACCCCCGCUCUUGUUUUGGAAAGACACGUCCCCUUUCGUCUGAGGCAGGAAAAUAAAGCCCUGCUCUCUCUCUUACAUUCCUCUCCUCUCUCACCAGUUUGGGAGCGAGAGCAUCAUGCUGCUUAUGUCAUGAAAAGGAAAGAUAAUGUUAUUUUAUUGUAUGGUUGUUAUGAUUAUGAUUAUUAUUUUAUUAUUAUUAUAUUUUACUCUGGGUUUUUAUUGCACACGCAUUCCUUAAACUUUGUGGGGUUUUUUUUUCUCUUGUUGUUAUUGUUGUUUAUUUUAUUUCUCUUCAUCAGUGGCAUUGGAAGGGUUACUGUGAUUAUGAGAACUGCAGGAGGAAGGAGAAACAAGAUUAUUCUGAUGAUGAAAACUCUGCCACUAAUCUGGGGGAGUGGGACUGCUCAGUGAGAGUGGUUACAGCCUUGAGGAGCAGGGGUUAUCCUCAGGGUCACAUCUGCAUUUCAGGAUAAGUCCAGAAACAUUCAUUCAGAGGCCAGCACCUGCUAGCAGCUAACAUAAUGAUCUGUCAGGAGAGCUGGAUCAAAGGCAGGUGAGGACCUUGGUGGCCCAGGGUCCAGCUCACCAUCCCUUAGCUUGAAAGGACAUUUAUAUCAGAUUAAGACUUAUUUGUGCUCCAAGCCAUGAUAAUUGAGCCCUUGCAAACAACACAAGGCCACACUACAUAUUAAGAGUUUGGUUUUCCUAGAGGAGGACAUGGUUGGAUGGCUCUCCAGAAGCAGGGCUAUGGAAGGAGCCACAGCAGAGCUGCAAGGGUGGCUCUCAGUCCCAUCACUGGAUAAAGCACACUGGCACACACAGAUGGCAUUAGCUGGGUAAAGCAUGGCUGCAGACAGGGCAGUGUUCCUCACCUGCUCUUCCUCUCUCACUGAAGGCUAAUUAGGUGCCCACAGGCCAGGAUGCUUGGUUUGAUUUUUUUCUUUUUUGUUCCUGUAGAUUUUCCCUUCUUUUACAAUUAGUUGUUGUGGAAUUUCAUUAUGCUGUUCUGGUUGCUACAGUUUAGGUAUUUAUGGUUUGAUUUGCAUCACCUGCUCUUUUAGAAUAGGGGGAAGCAGUGACUGAAUUUGAAUUCCAUCAAAAAAUUACAGGACUUCAGCAAAGACUAAAAGUUAAUCACGCACUUGAGUGCUUUGCUAAAGAACUUCAAGUUAAAUACUUGUUUAUGUGCUCCUCUGGCCUAAGAUCAGCAAAGCAUGGAAGGUUGCAGUCUCAAUCACAGUUGUGGUUUACUUGUAUUAAUUGCAUUUUCCCUGUGUACCCAUCUGGCCUGCUCUCCCACAUGGGCUCAGAUCUGAUUUUGGGGGGUGUUUGGCAGUGGAACUGUUACAUCAGCACAGACUGGCAGAGAGAAGGGUUCCAGUGCAUGUCAGAGGAGCCACCUUUCACAUUGUCCAUCCUGGAGCUGCUGGUCUGCCAGGCAGUUGUGGUGGUGGGAUGCUGAUUACAAGAGAUGCACAGCACAACCAUCAGGUUGCUUUGAUGGUGCAGCACUGUGUGAGAGCUGUGUUUUCUGGUCGGUAUAAGGGAGCUGAGCAACACCUCCUCCCUCACACUCGUAUAAAGGAAUUGUAUGGAUGAAGGUGUGGUUGGUCAUAGGGGAAACACAGUCAUUUCAGCACGGGAAGUAAAAGCUUUGCAUGCUGUCAGUACCACACACGUCAUAACAGCCAGCUGGUUUUGCUUGCAGAGUCCUUUGGAGAGGAAAUGGGAUUGGCAUGGUUUGGGUCAGUCGGUGUUCCUUGUGUGCAUGGAGUACAUGGUGUGGAAACUUGAGGGGGUAGGAGAAUGUUUAGAUACUGGAAGUUUUAUGGGUGGCUUAUGGCUGGCAGAGUGAAAAAGUGGUUCUUUUCCCCAUUAUGUCCUCUUGCCUUCUGCCUGUGCAGGAAGCAGAAGGGAGCACAGACAUUGUCUCUCCUCAGGAGGAUGUUCUGUUGCCUGCUGUGAGCUCAGAAUGCAGGAGGGAGGGUAGAGAACCACUGACAUGAGCAGACUGGAAAACCCAAAUGGAAGCAGAUUUCACUGUAGAGUGGUUAAAUCCAGUCAUUUGAGAGAACAAAUGCAAUUGAAUCUUCCUUGGCAGGUUUUACCUGCUUGUACCCAACAAAUUGGGCUUUGGCAGGUCUCUCAUUCUCUCUCUUUCUCUAGUAGUUUUGGUGUAAUACACAAAACAUUCCAAGAAAGGGACACUUUUGACUGUGACAUUUUUCCUUUUUUAUAUAUUCAAGGGAUUGUGUAUUGUAAUUUGGUUUGAAGGCAAUUCCAUUAGCAAUUUGAAGGGCAAUAAACCUGUUUUUUUCUUUAACCAAAGAUACUUUAUUU